CUUAACAACAAAAAACCUGUUCCCGCUUUGUUCGCUCCCACGUUAACGGUUACAACAUUCUUGUCUACUACUCUUCUUGCCCUCUCUUCCUACAAUCUCAACAAUCUUGUUCAAAUUCUUUCCAUUUCUUUUUCAUGGAUUCUCUUCCCACUCUACUUCCAGAAAAAACCAAAGACUCCAAACCAAAAAUGAAACAAAAACGCAACCAAGCACCCAAAAUCGGCAGCGGUAGUGAAUCACAAACUCAAUUCAGACAAAACCGAGUUUUUGGUACUGCUUGGAACACAAACGUUAAUAUUCCCAAAAAGCCAUCAGACAACAUCGUAACCAAACCAAAACCUGUUAUCGCACAAAGACACCCGAAACAACCAACCACUUUAACACAACCUACGGAUACAAAAUCACCAGAAAAUCCGAACCUCGUAAAGAACAAAAAGAGUGACACAUUCCCACAACAAGAAAAUGAUUCCGCAGAGCCUAAAACUCCGGUUACAUCAUCUCAUGUUAUAGGAAAGAGUAAAGUGCAAGCAACGCCGUUUUACAGUGCAGCAAAUUGCAGCAAAUGUCGUUUUGAUAGGCUUGAGACUUCGUCUUAUUGGGUUGGACAAAUCAAGUUGGCAGAAACUGUUGGGAAACACUUUGUUGCUUGUGGAUUCUUCAAGCUUGCUUUCAAAUCUCAGGCUGAGCCAAUAAGGAACCUUCGGAUGGAGCUUAAGAGGUAUUUGUCAAGGCAUGGACACUUAUAUGAGGAGAAAGAAUGGAGAAAAGUUGGUGCUAGGUAUGGAGUAUUGAAAGAUGAAAGCAUCACAAGUGAAAUGAACUCAACCACUUGAAUUAUGAUGUGUAUGUGAGGUAGAUAUGAAACAUCACUAGUGUUUUA